CUAUCUAUCUAUCUAUCUAUCUAUCUAUCUAAGUAAAGCUUUGGAAAUCAGCUUGAAAGCGUGCGAAAAUCUUUUUUUGUGGCGACUACCUCCUAUUAUGUUGAUCAGAAAAUAAAAUAAUCUUUUCAGUUCUUGCCGUGACACUACAAAAGAAGAAAACAUCUCAAAAUAAUUUCACAAUAGCAUCCACCGACGCAUAAUUUAAAUCAGAUUUUUUUUUUCCUGCAGAAAUGUCUCAAUAGAUGUGAUCAGCACAUCAUAGAAGCUUUUUCUUUAAAAAGAGAGCAUUUCACUGUUUGAAUCAGCACUUAAUUAAAUCGAAAAGAGCCGCUAAAUUUGGAAAGCGAGCACGCUGCGAAAUACGAUAUACCUUAAGUUUUCAACAAAACGAUGGAACGGAAGAACGGGGGAAGGAAGGAAGGAAGGAAGGAAGGAAGGAAGAAAGGAACGGAGAAAUGAAAGAACGGAGGAACGGAGGAACGGAUAACGGUGGAUCGACGGAAUUGCGGAAUAUCUUAAGACGCGGAAUGACGUAAUAUCUUGUAACGUGGAACGCCUUUUUGUAGGAAACAAACAUCUUAAAAGAUAGAAUUGCAAUAAGAUAGAUGAAUUAUUUAUAAUCAACAGGCGAAUUAAAAUAAGUAUAGGUAAUCAUUGUUAGAGCCCAGAGGAUUGCGGAACCAUAAAUAUUUCGAGCUAGCCCAUUUAAAUUGUUAUCAUAUCAAUAUUGUUCUCAUAAUAAUUAUUGCUGUUAAUACCACUAUUUUUCACCAGGGAGAAUCAGGGAGAUUCUUAAAAAUAGCUCAAGCCUCUUCUCCAUUAUUUCUUCUGAAAACUGGCCUCUUGGCUGAAGAGCAGGGGGACGCGUUACCUGAUCAUCUUCAGAUCUUAAAUCACCUGAAGAGCAGAUUGUUAAAGCAAAUGAUGUACUCUAAUUUGGAAUACACAAAUUCAAUUGUUAUCAUUCUCAAUGCCUCUUAAGAUCUAAAAUCAAAAUUCGCAUGAUCAGCUCCACAUUUUAUCCUUCUCAAUGCAGCCCUGAGUUUCACGGAAAUGAACGGAGAUGAUUAAUUCCCUUCUUUUCCCUUCCCUCUUGUCUGUAACAGAAAUGACAUCGCCGCAAAGUGGUGUUCAUUGGAGAGGAUUUACGAACCGUCGCGAUCUCCCGAAACACGAACUGGUGCAAAUGGGAAAAAACAUUUGCGAAGCAGCUACAGGCCCAGGUGAUGGUGUUAAAGACAUUUUCCUUGAGAUAGCGGAUGACUGUGAGCAAAUAAGUAAAUGGAAUACAGCCCAGGAACCCCGAAGAGCGUUUGGCAAAGGGACGUCGUUGUACCACCAAGAUCCAGUCUCAAAUUGCUUUUGGGGGGAUCCUGUCGCUGAUGUCUAUGCCGUGAUUGCAAGAGAAAACAGCUGCAUUCUUGCCUUAGCUGAUGGCGUAAGUUGGGGUGAAAAGUCAAGGCUGACUGCUCGCUGCGCAGUGGCAGGCUGUCUACAGCAUCUCAACACACACCUUUUUACAGCAAAUACGACUCUUGAUAUUAUGGAAGUUCUCUAUGACGCGUUUAAAAAUGCGCACGAAUUUAUCAUAAAGAAAGAUGGAUUGCUGACAACUCUUUGUGCGGCUGUUGUUUGUCCACUCAAAGAUUUUGGCAAAUGGGGCCUGUGUGUGUUAAAUGUUGGCGAUAGUCUAGCAUUCACUUACAAAAAGGAAAAAGGGGUCCAAGAAGUUACUUUUGGUUCACACUGUGAUAUUAAAAGCAGAGACAUGCGUUGUCCUGGAGGAUCACUGGGUCCAUAUGAUGGUAACAACCCAGACUUGAGUAAUCUGACUUUCUCGUUUACAAUUCUCGAUACUGGAGAUAUUGUCUUCCUCACAAGCGAUGGUGUUUCGGACAACUUUGAUCCAGUAAUAUCGCAGUGCGAGAAUCUUUCUUUCGCGCGCGCCAACAGUCUCAACUGAACGCUAGAAGAACCGGAAGUGAGUGAAAAGACCUCAGAUGCCUCCCAAGAUGAGAGCGGAAGUGAUGAUGACCUACCGCACGCUCAGCUAUGUAACCUGCCAAUGGAGAGGCACAAGAAGAUGCUGAAGGAUAUGACAAAGGUCAUCCGGAAAAAAAGUCUCAUAGACAUUUCAGCCCAAGCAGUCUGCGCUAAUCUCCUUUUGCAUGUCUUGGCAUGCACUCACAAAAAGCGCCAGCACCGCGAAAAAAUUCAGGCCCGAGGGAGUCACAAUCUUUACAGAAGAGAAGAAAGAAUUCAUCAAGGAAGCGAGAAAGGAACUUCGCAGCUUAACUGUGAACUUCCGGGAAAGUUGGAUCACGCCGCGGUCGUCGCAUUCGAAGUUGGACUGUACUCCACGGAUGGCGGCAAUCGACGAAGUCUUUUCGAAUUUUUUGCCGGACUCAAAAAUGGCAUGAGAAGAGCAUCCAGUUCUUAUUGAUAAUGAUUUUUCAGGAAUAAGGGGAAAGACAGCGUUUUCCAACACGACGCGUACGGUUCAGAGCGCUUUUCGAUCUAGUGUCGUUAAACCUAAAACCAACGUCAUCAUAACAGCCAAUCAGAACAAAGGAAAUAUCACAAGGAGCCAAUUUGCUGCCGCAAGUUUUGUACUCGGUCACUAUGUUAAGAACUUUUGGGAUGUACUUAAAAUCGGAUGGCAUCCAAUCAAUGAGAGAAGAGAUUUGAACCUCCUGAAAUAAUGCUUUAAAGCUUUGCAUAACACUGAGACUUGGCCAGAUUAUCUUAAAAUAAUAAUACAGGAAUGCCGCAAGGAAAUGCGCUCAAGUAAUUCAAUUAGAUUAGUGGUCUCGACCGAAAACAGCACUUUCCAAGAUAACGCGUCGAAGCUAUUUAACAAUUCACCAGAAUCUAUUAGAAACUGUAAAGAUUACAGAACCUUUUUAAGACAUUCAAGGAAUUUUUUAUGUAAUAGAGUAAAGAGUGAUUAGUUAGUUUUACUGUUAUUUCUAUUCUGUUAAUCCCACUUCUACUUUUAAUUGCAUAUUGCGUAAUUUGUGAAUAACUUAAUUUGAUUUAUUUUAAUUGUAAUUGAUGUAUUUCAACAGGGAAGAGCCACCUAGUGGAUCUGUUAAUAAACCAUUAUUAUUAUUAUUACUAUUAUUAUUAUUAUUAUUAUUAUUAUUAUUAGAACUUAGCAAAUAACCUGCCUGAAGCGCGGGAAAACGUGAGAGGCCAAUUAGCGGCUGGCGUUGGUUUCAUAUCUGAUUGGUUGAGACGGUGGCGCGAUUUUCCAAAACCAAUCACGCAAGCGCAAUUAAACAACCAAUAGAAACCGGCUUACUUUUCACGCUCAAUAGAAAACUUUUAUAAAACCACAUAGCAACUUUGGUUGUAAAAUUCAUAUUUUGCGUGUUGUUGAAGAGCGCAACAAACCCGUAAGUGCUUCAUUUCCUAAAUAAAUAAAAUUUGGGUACAAUUUUAA